CGGGAUCCGAAGCACCGCCUCUGCCUGCAACUGAUCCCUCUGAGUCAGGCGUUAGGGAAAGAUGAAUGAACCGCCCCCCAUUCGGUCCUGCGCAAAACCCCCGCUCUCAGGCCGACUGAGUCACAACGGACUGGAAAUCCCGAGUGGCUCUCCACCACCGGCCAACAAAGCGCAGCAUCUCAGCAACGUUUCAGUCGGCGCAACCGUUUGUUUGUUUUUUUACGCACAGUCCCGUCCAAUGCAGGCAUUGUUCAAGGGAGUUGCGUAAGUGAGGCUAAUAUCAGGAUCUCUCGGGUCCAAGCUUGACUCGAAGAAACGCAAGAAGAACGAAAGGGAGAGAUUUCAGCUCGGCUGGAGUUUGGGAAGGAACGCACUUGGUCCGUCCAACAUGUCUAAACCUAAUUACUCCGGCACGUAUCACAUGGUGCAGCAGGAUAAUAUGGACGCCUACCUCGCAGCUUUAGAUAUUAAUUUUGCUCUGAGGAAGAUCGUGUGUCUCUUGAAGCCCACCAAAGAGAUCAGCCAUGACCCGGCCACUGGGGCCAUGAAGAUCCGCACAAUGACCACCUUGAAGAACUUCAACAUGGAUUUCACCAUCGGAAAAGAAUUUACCGAGGACCUGGGGCCAGUGGAUGGACGGACCUGUCAGACUACAGUGAGCUGGGAAGGAGACACACUGCUCUGUGUACAGCGAGGCGAGAAAGAGGGCCGAGGCUGGACACACUGGCUGGAGGGUGACAGGCUGCAUUUGUUUUUCCUCUCUGCAGGAGAUGAGAGUUCAAGGCGUGGUUGCCAAGCAAGUCUUCAAGAAGGGUGAUUGAACUCAUGUGGAAAUGUGUGUUAGUGGACAACGUCAAUUUAUUCUUAGCAGAAAACAGACAUGGAUUUGGUGCGAAAAUUAAAAUGUUUAUAGCUU